AUGAUAUCCUGCAUUAAAGAUUUGGGCAUCUUACAUUAUUUCCUUGGUAUAGAGGUAUCUUACUCACAAGCUGGGAUCAUUCUCACUCAAAAAAAGUUCACAAAAUCUCUCCUUGACAAUUGUGGUUUUGAUCUUUCCAAAUCUGCUCCUGCUCCCUUAUCCUUAAACACCAAACUCCUGGAUAAUUCAGGUGACUUGUAUGCUCAUCCAGACCAUUAUAGAUCCUUGAUUGGAAAGCUCAAUUUUUUGACUCAUACAAGACCAGAUUUGUCUUUCUCUGUCCAAACAUUGAGUCAAUUCAUGCAUACCCCAAGGCAGCCACAUGUUGAUACUCUGCAUCAUGUAUUGAGAUACGUCCAUGGAACCACAGGACAAGGCAUUUUAUUACAUGGUUCAGCACAACUUACCCUUCAGGCAUUCUCAGAUAGUGACUGGGCAGCUUGUCCAAAUUCUCGAAGGUCUGUUACUGGAUAUGUGAUGUUACUUGGACGUUCACCUAUAUCUUGGAAGUCUAAAAAACAAGCCACAGUCUCAAGAAGCUCCUCUGAAGCAGAAUACAGAGCCAUGGCUUCAGCUGCAUCAGAAAUCACUUGGUUGAUCCAGCUUCUUCAAGACCUUGGUGUAUACAAUUUAGAACCUGUUCUUCUACAUUGUGACAACGUGUCAGCCAUACACAUUGCAAAAAAUCCAGUCUUUCAUGAAAAAACUAAACACAUAGAAGUGGAUUGUCACUUUACUCGAGAUAAGGUUCUUGAAGGUCUUCUUCAGCUCACAUAUUUACCUACCCAAAAUCAACUAGCUGAUGUCUUCACAAAGGCUCUGCCAUCACCUCAAUUCUAUUGGAAAGCUACCAAGAAAGAAGAUAUUCGAGUGAUUGAGAAGAAUGAAAUGAGGGUGCUAGUUAAAAAUUCACCUCAUAAGAAAGACAUUGGAGUUAAGUGGAUCCUCAAGAUUAAGACUAAUCCAGAUGGUUCUGUUUCGAAGUAUAAAACGAGACUCGUAGUCAAAGGCUAUUCUCAGCAACUCGACGUUGAAAAACGAUGA